GAUCGCCCUUGCCUCCCGCGUCCAUCUCGAUUCAUGGCCAUCGCUUCAGCCCCCCGUCGUUCCAACGCCGAGAACUGCUCCAGAAUACUCAGAAACACCCAUCUUCGGUGGACGACGCGUCGAGCGCAACGGGGACGCGUCAACACGCGGCAUGAGCUGAGAAGACGCGCGGCGGUUUCCCCCAGUCUACGGCACCUACCCCCCAUUAUGACCCAGUGCUAUGAACGUGUAGAAGAGCAUAAGAGUGAGUAUAUAACAUUUGAACGGCCGCGCUUGCAGCAGAGAGACGUCUGCGAAAGACCUGGCUUGUCGGGUAACUGAGGGGGGAAGUACCGCACAUCAAGUCGCGCGCUCAACAUCGACAUGAUCUGAACCCGAUCCCCCACCCGCAAAAUCGCAGAAGCGGACCAGUACGCGAUAGUGAAUACUAUGUCUCUACUCUCACAGCUGGCAUCACCCAUCCGAGACGAACAGCAAGACGUUGGUUAGGCCAAAUCCUUCAUGUGGCGUCGUCAUUCGGUGAGCGUGUACAUG